CACUCUUUAAUUUGUUCAAGAGUUUCCCGCUGAUAAUAAAAGUAUAAAUUGGAAGAACACAGUAUACAUAUGGGUUUGACGGGAAACGAAAGCCAGCUGAGGAGCCGAGCCGAGUGGGACGGCAGCGAGGAAGGCGACAGCUUAUUCGCGUUGCAGCUAGCAACCGCUGCAGUGCUUCCCAUGGCGCUGAAGGCAGCGGUGGAGCUGGACCUGCUGGACCUGAUGGUAUCACUUGAAAGAAGCAAUACUUGAGGGUGGGAUACCAUUCAACAAAGGGUAUGGGAUGAGUCCAUUUGAAUAUCCCAAAACAGACACAAGGCUCAACAAGAUCUUCAAUCAUGCAAUGUCAGAUCACUCUACCCUUACUAUGAAAAAAAUUCUAGAAGGUUACAAGGGAUUCAAAGGGCUCAAAUCAUUGGUGGAUGUAGGUGGCGGGACCGGCGCCACUCUUAACAUGAUUCUCUCUAAACAUCCAAAUAUUAAGGGCAUUAACUUUGAUUUGCCUCACGUUAUUAAUGAUGCACUUCCUUAUCAUGGAAUUGAGCAUAUCAGUGGAGACAUGUUAGUGAGAGUGCCCCAAGGCGAUGCCAUUUUUAUGAAGUGGAUAUGUCAUGAUUAUUGGAGUGAUGAUCAUUGUCUAAAGUUCUUGAAGAAUUGCUUUGAAGCACUUCCGGAUGAUGGGAAAAUGAUCAUUGCAGAUUACAUUCUACCAGAACAACCAGACACAUUCCACGCAGAAAAAGGUGUGAUCCAUACUGAUAUUCUCAUGUUAGCAUAUUGUGUCGGCGGGAAAGAGAGGACUGAGAAA